CGAUUAGCUUGCAAGAGGGAUAAAGGUUUGGCUGUAGCGCUCAGGAGGGAGCAACUUUAUGAAAUCUACAGUUCAAAGAAAAUGAACUAUACAGACACAUAACUCAACUCCGUAAUUUCUCCAACGAUGCUGGGCUUGUGUGUAAACGGGGUGAGGUCGUCAAUGUCUUUACGAAAGCUGUGCGUCCUCUCCCUGCUACACAUGAGACAUCAGCUGUAUCAUUGCCCUCUGCAGUCUUGGAGGAGAGGUCCACACAGCAUGACCGUUCGCUGCCUCUCAGCUGGACCAGAUUCACCUGCUCCUUCCGCACUAACUGACUCCUCUGAGUGCCCCGAACCAGAACCCAGCCACAGUAUCUCUGCCUGGUCUCCAGACCAGGGUCCACCACCUGCCCCCACCCACUGCUGCAUGAGUGGCUGCCAUAACUGUGUGUGGAUCGAACAUGCAGAGCAGCUGCUGGAGUACUACCACGACGGAGGCGACAGGGCGCUCGCUGCUAUUGAGGAGAACGUCCUCGACGAGAACCUUAAAACCUACCUAAAGAUGGAGAUCAGGCUCUUGAAAAAGACAUGACUGAUGUAUUUACUGCCAGUGGCUUCCACCACAGUGUUGACAUGCAACAGUUGUUCUUAUGCCAGAACCUUUCUUAAGCACUUUAUAACACACUCCAGUCACUGGUUUUACCUCCACCUUUUCACUUUCUCCCCCUGUGAGUUGCACAGUUCAGGACACCAGCUACAUGUCAGGACACCAGCUACCAGGUCAGCCGGUGAAAAGUAAAGGUAGCUGUUGACUUUAGGAGUCCACCUGUCCUGCCUGACAAAAGCUGACAAAACCUUCAGCUGUAUCUGUAACUAAUGAUCAAACAGCUGAAGGAUAAUUCCAGUGAGACUUAAUUUGGAGGUAAACCUUAAAGUGAGCACACCUGAAAUUUUGGAAAUAGUCCAUCUUGUGCAGGAAAACUGUGAUAAGUGCAGUAAGUCAAAGCUGGAGGUUUUAAACUGUGAUGGAUGCUUAGGUAAUAACGUUACAGCUUCACUGUUUUGUCUUCAGUAUAGGUGUGGUCAACCUGAGUGUGUGUCCAAUCUGCAUGACUACUUCCUGUUUCCUGUUUCUCAACAUGUUAGACUUCUUUCUGGUGAUGUCCAGUGUUUUAAAAGCUCAGCCGAACAUGAGAGAAAUCAGACCGAGGUUAUUUGAAAGUUGAAUCAACUUGAAACUUUGCCAACAAACCCACCUGUUACACUUCAUGAACUGUUGUCACAUUUUGCUUCGGCCUGUGAGCCGCUUGAAGUGGUGGGUUUUUGAAGGAGUGGAUUUAGUAUGUGAUUGCAGAUGUUGCAGUUGUCAUUGUAAGAAAAUCCAAUUCAGUAAUCUGUAUAAUUAAUUGAUUUAUUGUCAUGUUCCUUUAGUCUUGACGCACAUUUGCACAUUUGUUUUAUUUAUCUGUUGAAGUUUGAACUGAAGUUUUAAAAGUAAAGUAUUUAAUUGCAUA